ACAUAUUAUUAUGUUUUCAGCAUCUCAGCCGUCAGGGGGUUGGUUGAACCAGUCUGCCUACUGUCUGUUCAACUACAUCAUGCAAGCCAUACCGACAGACGAGAUAGUCAAAGAAAUUUCACAGGUGUUAGGCAAACUGAUAGACAAUUUACACGAAGAGGAAAACUACCCUCCGUUUUUGGAAGAACUACUCGAGACGGUCGACGCCACGCUUCGCGACAUACACACGGACGGAUGCACAGACAACUUGAUUUUAACCAAAGACGAAAAGAUCCAACGUUUGAUCCUACUCAACAAAUCAAAACACAUACUAAAAUAUAGCAUAGGAAAAAUAACAGCUAUACUAGAAAAUCUACAUACAAAUUUAACACAAGAAAAUCUAUACGAAUGCACAAAUAUAGUCGAAUUAGAAAACAUAUGCUACAUAUUUCAUAUGUUAGAAAAAUUCUUAAAAAGAUAUAAGAAAGUUAAAGAUACGAACCAAAGUCAGAAUUCACAAGAUACUUUACCAAAAAGAAGUUCUUUAACAGAAUUAUGGAGGAAAAAAUGGAAUCCGAAUUGUAAGGAAGUAAUAAGAAAUGAGAAUAAAAUUUGUAUUUUGAAAAGAUGUAGUGAGAUUUUGAAUAAAAUUAUCGUAGAGUGCAUGAAUGGUUACAGUUUGGUGGCUUAUGCUGCUUUGCAAUGUUUUAAUUUGAUUCAAGACUAACCCUUUCAGUGAUUAUGUGUUUUUAAGCCCCCCCCCCCCCCCACAUCUAGCGUCUUUCGA